CCUCUCCAACAUGGCCACGUGCUAGACGUGUUUACGAUCUCCGCAUUUGUGUUAAAUUCCCGAUAGAAAAACAGCCUCCAGGAAAAAUCCAACGUCCUGUCGUGGAAAAUUCGAUGACGGGUCAGUGAAACGUGACUAUUUUCAUUUGCAAUGAUAAAUCGAGGUAGGUGUGUUCUUUGAGCAGUGGAUACGUCAUGCUCGUGGCUGUGGUGUUAUCAAGUGGUUGAGUCCUCAUGAAAAUAAUUUGAGAUGGCAUCAACGUCAUCGCCACCGCCCAAAUGCACUUGUCAGCUCAGUGACAGCGAGGACAUGAGGUCUAGUGAAGCUGUCAAGAAUUAUCGACCACAUGGGAGUCUUGCUCGACUACUCUGGGAAAAACAGCGGGCCGACGAGCGACUCUUGGGAUACGACAAAACUCGGUGGUACACGAUCGAUGAAAGCAAAAUACGAGAGGAUAUCCUGAGGCUGUGGGUGCCACUGGGAUCAGGACCACGACAUGACCAGCCGGACGAGACAGCCGAGGGGUUUCUGAUCACAUCCACCGAGAGGUCAGACUCACUGCCCCUCCAGGCCUGGCACUCGUUGGCUAGAUCUGCACUCUCCUGGUUCAUCAGCAGAACUUCGAUAAAUGGAUUACUGGGACGUGGUUCAAUGCACGUAUUCUCAUCGGAGCAGUUUCAACGUCUGAUGUCUGCCAGUGGUUUCUCAGGCCCCUGGCACUCGCUGGUUGAUCUAGGUGCAGGGGAUGGUGCGACAACUGCACACGUUGCACAAUUAUUUGGCCGAGUCUACGCCACAGACAUAUCCGCCCCAAUGAGGUGGGCCCUCGCCAAAAGAAAAUUUACGGUGCUUGAUGUCGAUAAGUGGGACAGGGUAGCUCCCUUCAAUGUUAUUCUGUGUUUGAAUCUUCUGGAUCGGUGCGAUCGUCCCAGCACUCUGCUGAGACAGCUCAGGGCAGCCCUCGCCCCAGGCGGUAGACUUGUGAUAGCUCUGGUGCUUCCGUUCAGUCCCUAUGUGGAAGUUGGUGAGCGUGGUGAUCACAAACCAUCCGAGUAUCUGCCAAUCAAGGGCACUGGCCUCGAAGGACAAAUAGCUGGCCUAGUUGACCGGGUUUUUGGUCCAGUUGGCCUAAAGUGUUUAGCUUGGAGCAAAUUGCCGUAUUUGUGCGAGGGCGAUCUUGGACAGGCCUAUUAUUUCCUAGAUGAUGUUAUCUUUGUCUUGGAAAGCCACGAGGAAGAGCCUUGUAGGAAUGGCCUGCGAAGAGAUCCGGACAUGCAGACUCAAAGAUAUUGAGUGAAACGAAAUGAAAUGAAAGAACAGCUGGAAACGGGAAUAUGUGGAGGUGGAAGAAAGCUCCUCAACGACUGCACUAACUGAAUUGUGUCGACCAAUGCUAGAUGGAGAACAAAGGCAUUUUCAACCGAACUUAAUUAAAAAAAAUGUAUCUACGGGUACGGUUAGCACUGAACCAUUGUCGUCCAAGGUCAAGCCAAGUUAAUUACUUAAAUUUUUAUAUUUCUCGUCAGAGAGAAAACGUUAUCUACUCAUUUAACGAGGUGACUAUCAAUUUAUGAAUUAAUCCCUUACGUUCGAGAAUAAUUUCAUUAACAGACUGAUUUUUCGUGAGAUAUAUGUAUCCAACAGUUUUUGUGUCGAAUGUUAAACCAAAAUCGUGUAUUCACGAAUAUGUUUCUGUACUAUUGAGUCACGUUGACCUGUUUAUAAUAUCUGAAUAAAUAUAUCAGUGGAAAUUAACAGAA